UAACCUUCCGUCCUUAACGCGUCAAUAGACGCAACCCAAAAAAAAAAAACAAAAAAAAAUUUCUGCUUUCAGUUUCUUUUGCGCCCUCACUCCUUUUCUUCCUUCUUUUACUACUUUCUGCUUUUGUGCUCAUUGCUCGGAACAUUUUCCUCUUUUAACUUCUUUUGCUGCUGUGAACAUUUUUCAUCAUGGAUAUGGCCUUGCCGGUCUCCGCCAUUGGUUUUGAAGGUUUCGAGAAGAGGCUUGAAAUUUCGUUCUUCGAGCCUGGUCUGUUUGCUGAUCCUAACGGAAAAGGACUUCGAUCUCUCUCAAAGGCACAAUUGGAUGAAAUUCUCGGACCUGCUGAGUGCACCAUUGUUGAUUCCCUAUCAAAUGACGAUGUUGAUUCCUAUGUCCUCUCCGAGUCGAGCCUCUUCGUUUAUUCUUACAAGAUAAUCAUCAAAACCUGUGGCACCACUAAGUUGCUUCUCGCAAUUCCGCCCAUUCUAAAGUUGGCUGAGAGCCUGUCUCUCAAAGUACAAGACGUGAGGUAUACCCGUGGGAGCUUCAUUUUCCCUGGUGCUCAGUCGUUUCCUCACCGUCACUUUUCUGAAGAAGUUGCUGUCCUUGAUGGCUAUUUUGGAAAGCUUGCUGCUGGUAGCAAGGCUGUGAUUAUGGGCAGUCCUGACAAAGCACAGAAAUGGCAUGUUUACUCUGCCUCCGCAGGACCUAUUCAGUCUAAUGACCCUGUUUACACUCUUGAGAUGUGUAUGACUGGUUUGGACAGGGAGAAGGCGUCUGUCUUUUACAAGACUGAAGGAAGCUCGGCUGCUCAUAUGACUGUUCGAUCUGGCAUAAGGAAGAUCCUCCCCAAUUCUGAGAUAUGCGAUUUUGAGUUUGAACCCUGUGGUUAUUCCAUGAAUUCAAUUGAAGGAGCUGCACUCUCAACCAUUCACAUUACCCCCGAAGAUGGCUUUAGCUAUGCUAGCUUUGAAGCAGUUGGGUAUGAUAUGAAAACCAUGAAGCUGGGUCCCCUGGUUGAGAGGGUGCUGGCAUGUUUCGAGCCAGAUGAGUUCUCUAUUGCUUUGCAUGCUGAUGUUGCUACCAAGUUACUGCAGCGGGUUUGCUCUGUUGAUGUGAAAGGCUACUCUCUUGCUGAGUGUAGUCCAGAAGAAUUUGGCAAGGGUGGUUCCAUUGUCUACCAGAAGUUCACUAGGACUCCUUUCUGUGGAUCUCCCAAGUCCGUUCUGAAGGGCUGCUGGAAGGAGGAAUAGAACGAGGAAAAGGAGUGUCUUUGAGGGCCUGUUUUGUUUUUGUUUCAGUGUCAGUGUCAGUGUCGUUUGUUUAUGUUUUUCAGAAUAAAGGACUUGAUGUCCAAGCUGUGUGUAGUUCGGAUUUGUAAUGCUGAUGUGCAAAUUCCGAACUAGUCUGGUUUUUUGGUGUUCCACCAGAAGCCCUAUGAAUCUCCAUUUUGAGUUAUCGUGUGUUCUCUGUUCCGUUGUUUCAAAUAAACAUGUCUGUUGUGUGUA